AUUUUAGAAAGUAAAUUAUUUCGGAAGCCACGCAUUUUUCGACCAAUGUUUAUAUAGACUUUAUGCAUUAAUUUUAAACGUUCUAUCGAAUCUUAAAGUUAUGCAACAAUAAACUGAAACACCCUUCAUACAUUAAAUGCAAUGUUUUGUCAUCGAAACUGUGGCAGUUACGGUUCUGCAUACAUUGGAACUAAUUUCAUGGUUAAAUCAAACACCAUCUAGAAAUUACAAGUUUUAUUGGAAACAAUGUAAUAUAAAAAUUACUGAUAUUAUAAAAGGCACAUUUUACGUGAGCAAGUCUGCUGUUAUACACAUAUCGAAUUGUCGAAUAAGCUGUGGAACACACACUGAUAGAACGAGAUCCCAGAGCUGUCAGAUUUACAUCAUUUUAUACAGGAUAACUUUCUGGAUAUCAAGUUCCGCACUCUGCCCAUUCUGUUGGUGCUGUUGUGCGCCCAUCAUCGACAACGGUAUAGUGAUGAACUGA